AUCAUCUCCUAGUAUAAAAAUCGAUACCAGGAGCCCAUCGAGCUCACUCUAAUCUCAUCAGUCCUUCAACCAAAAGCCCCCAUUAGUACUCGUGCCUUCUGCAAGAGAGCCCGGCAGCCAUAGCCAUGGGAGGAGGCAAAAAGGGUCUGGAGAGUGCGAUCGUGUGCCUACUCGUGCUGGGGCUGGUCCUGGAGCAGGUGCAAGUAGAGGGCGUGGACUGCGGCGCAAACCCCUUCAAAGUGGCCUGCUUCAAUUCUUGCCUUCUCGGUCCUAGUACAGUGUUCCAGUGCGCAGACUUCUGUGCUUGUCGACUCCCCGCGGGCUUGGCCUCUCUACGCAGCUCCGAUGAACCAAACGCCAUUGAGUAUUGCAGCUUGGGAUGCAGGUCUUCUGUGUGUGACAACGUGAUCAGCACAGCUGACAACACUGAAGAGAUGAAGCUCUAUGUGAAACGCUGCGAUGAUGCUUGUGACAGUUUCUGUAAGGGAGAUACUCUCUUGGCAUCCCUUGAUGACUAAUAAUGCAUAUGCUUGGUCUGAGAUUUCACAGGCCAAAGUUAUGUCUCACCAUCGAGUUCAAUAAAGCAGGAUCCCAUCGAGAGUAUCCAAACCAGCGUGUCAGUUUGUUUAUGUGCUUGUGUGUAUUUUCUUUCGUUGCUCCAAUAAAAGAUAUCAUGGUGGAUGCCAUGUUGAUGCCUGCUUCAUGUACUGCCAUGAUUGAGAUAUAAUAAUAUAUGUUGUGUCAUUUAUGGAUAUAAA